GUAGAUUUAGGAUUUAGGCUGGCCGUCAUUUUCCGGGAAAGUGUCGGUGCUCUGUAAGAAAGAAAACUGGAUUAAAAAAAAAAAGAAAAAGAAAAAAAGAAAGAAGUCAAAUAUAUUGUCAAAUAUCCCUGUUAUAUUAUAAUAAUAGAGGUAUCUUGUGUGUAUAAGCUCUUGGUUUUUGUCUCGCAAAGCUUCCCCGCUCAAGCUUCCAAUUAAGAGAGAGAGAGAGAGAGAUGGGUGUGGAUUUGAGGCAAGUGGUGGCUGGCAUACUCACAUUGACGAUGUUUGUGAUGCUUGGCCAAAUGAUUAAGAGAGACCAUUUUGAUUCUGCUCAAGAAACAUUCCCCGGAGAUCGGCAUGUUAAUUUAGAGAAUGCCAAGAUUGCAAAGCAGGGCAUUGUUACCCUUCCGGAAAAGAGUGGAGGGCCUUGGAAAGGAGAUGGUGAAGAACUGAAGGCAUGUUGGUCUAAGCCAGCUCUAGAUGAUGUCGAGCAGACGAACGGGUUUGUCAUUUUCUCGUUAACAAAUGGCCCUGAAUACCAUGUUUCACAGAUUUCUGAUGCAGUCGUCGUGGCAAGAUAUCUAGGAGCAACUCUUGUAGUCCCCGACAUCAGAGGAAGCAACCCAGGUGACCAGAGGAGUUUUGAAGAAAUUUAUGAUGUUGAGAAGUUUGUGAAAAGCCUAGAUGGGGUGGUCAGAGUGACUAAAGAUCCUCCUGCUAAGCUAUCAACAAAGAAUCUUGCAGUUGUGAAGGUCCCUAAUCGGGUUACAGAAGACUAUAUUGUGGAACACAUUGAACCAAUUUACAGGAACAAGGGCACUAUUAGGCUGGCAACUUACUUUCCUUCAGUGAAUAUGAAAAAGACAGAUAAAGGGAGUUCCAGUGAUUCAGUUGCAUGUUUGGCAAUGUUUGGAACUUUAGAGUUGCAACCAGAGAUUCAAGAAAUAGUUGACUCAAUGGUUGAUCGUCUAAGAACUUUGAGUCGAAAAUCAGAUGGUCAAUUUGUUGCAGUGGACUUGAGGGUUGAAUUAUUGGAACAUAAGGGCUGUCGAGGAGAUGGUGAGUCUGGAACUAAAAUUUGUUAUAGUGCAGAAGAGAUAGCUUCAUUUUUGAAGAAACUGGGAUUUAACAAGGAUACAACAGUAUAUUUGACUGAAUCGAAGUGGGACAGCAGCCUUGACUCUCUGAAGGAUGUCUUCCCUAAAACUUAUACUAAGGAUGGGAUAAUACCAGCAGAUAAGAAGACAAAGAUCUUGGACUCAGAGACCUCUGAAUUUGAGAAGGUUGUUGACUUCUAUGUAUGUUCUCAAAGUGACGUAUUCGUUCCCGCUAUCUCGGGCCUGUUCUAUUCGAAUGUAGCUGGUAAAAGAAUUGCUUCUGGGAAGACUCAAAUACUUGUUCCGGCUUAUAUUCCUGAUUCCUCCGCUUUGGCCACUGAUUUCGUUACUCAUUAUGUCUCAAAGAAGAAUCAUUUGGCAUAUUCAUGCUUUUGCUAAUUCCUCAUGGAUAAGAAGCCUAAAAAAAGAGUGGCAAGUGAAAGCAUUUGAAGAAUAGCCUGGCUUCACUGCUUUAAGCUUAAAAUUGCAGCGAGCACGUAGACAGGUCAACUGUGUAAUGUAUCAUUUGGGUUUGCAGAUUGGCAAAGAGAAGUUCUUUUUUGUUAAGGUGAUUUUAGAGUUGUUGAUGGGAAAAGUAUCAUCCUAUCAUGGUUAAUAUAUUGUUUGUUAUG